CGUCGAGGCAAACGAAGCAGACGAGAAGAAAACACGUAAGUUUUCGUAGUGAUUCCUUAUCGAUUUUUCUCCCAACACAUGGGUAUUUUCUGGAGACACAGCAGCUGAUGCACCCAGCGUGAAAUACCGAAGGUCAUUUUUAGUGUAGUCCGGUACCAAAAGGCCGUGUUUAGUCGUGCAAAAGUAUCACAAUAAAGUUGAAUACCGUACACUCCCACACCGGACAACGGAAAACUACACACCGUGUGCGAGGACGUUGUCUGGGCCGUGUUUGUGCCAACAUUUCCCCCGUCUAAAACUCCGCGUUCGUCCUUAGCGACAAGGAAGUUUAAUGUGCAAUGUCGGACGUGCGGGAAUUGUAGUAUUCUGCUGCAUGUAUAAACAACCUGUUUGCUGUCGAGGCUUCACAGACUAGAGACGAUUUGAAGUGAGUCAGAUCUACUCAACUGACUGUAAAAUGAUUACUUGCGAUGAGAACCCAUCAACUUCUUUCUCCACGAGGACCUACGUAACCAUGGUAUCAUGAGUAACAAACAUCACCACGGUGAUAAGAGGUCUGUCGUUGAGAGGAGGGAACGUCAGGGCACCAUGUUGCCUUUGAUCAAAUCAGUUCACCAGCAAUCAACUGGAAAGCCUCCCAGGGAAACCAAAGGCCAUCUUGGUUCAGACAGCAUGAAGUAUGGGAGCAGUAAAACACAACCGCUUCAUAUCAAUGGCAUGGUGGGAAGGAAAGCAUCAGGCUUACAGGGAGAGAAGUUGACCUCCUCCAGCCUGCCUCCUGCCAUGACGUCCAGCAACACCACGUUUCCUCAGCUCAGCCUCGGACCCAGGGGGAUCAGCAACGUAGAGACGUUACCCCAGCUGAGUAACCUACAUGGCAACCUGGUCUCCACUCACAACGCAAGUGAGCAGGCGAGGUUACAUCGUCAGAAGACUCACAUAGAAAGGGAAGGUAAUAAAUCCGACAGUCCCAAGAAAGAUGCAAUGGGUCAUCGAUUACCACUUACGCCCGGGGAAGCCCUGAAGUUCUACCGAGAUCGACUGACGGCCUACGAGCAAUCGGAGGUACUAGACCACACAGAUAUAUGGUUUCUAGGACCGGAGGCUAAGAAGAUUGAAGGAGUACAAGGAGCUGCUCAGAACAACGGCUAUGAUGACGAGAAUGGUUCUUAUUCAAAGGUGCUGCAUGAUCACCUGACCUACAGGUAUGAGAUCCUAGAGGUCAUAGGCAAAGGGUCAUUUGGCCAGGUCGUCAGGGCCAUUGACCACAAGACAGGAGACAUGGUUGCAAUUAAGAUCAUCAGAAAUAAAAAGAGGUUUCACCACCAAGCCCUGAUAGAGGUGAAGAUAUUGGAUGCACUUAGAAGAAAAGACAGGGACAACUCAAACAACGUCAUCCACAUGAUGGAAUACUUCUACUUCAGGAACCAUUUGUGUAUCACGUUUGAACUCUUAGGGAUGAAUUUGUACGAGCUUAUCAAGAAGAACAACUUCCAGGGUUUCAGCAUAGCAUUAAUAAGACGCUUUGCGUACACCCUCUUAGGCUGUCUGAGACUACUGCAGAGAGAACGCAUCAUCCACUGCGAUCUCAAACCGGAGAAUAUCUUACUCAAGCAGAAAUAUCAAAACUCCAUUAAAGUGAUUGACUUUGGAAGCAGUUGCUAUGUCAACCAGAGAGUGUACACGUACAUCCAGUCACGUUUCUACCGAUCUCCAGAGGUGAUUCUUGGUCUACCCUACGGUAUGCCUAUUGAUAUGUGGAGCUUUGGAUGUAUCCUUGCUGAACUCUACACCGGGUACCCACUCUUCCCUGGAGAGAAUGAAGUGGAACAACUAGCUUGCAUUAUGGAGGUUCUUGGAAUGCCUCCACCCAAAAUCAUAGAGGAAGCCCAGAGAAGGAGAUUGUUCUUUGAUUCUAAAGGAAACCCAAGGUGUAUCACAAACAGCAAAGGGAAAAAGAGGAGACCCAACUCAAAAGAUCUAAGCUACGCUAUCAAGACAUCCAACGCCUCAUUCCUCGAUUUCAUUCAGAAAUGUCUGGCUUGGGACCCAAGUGAGCGUUUGACUCCAGAAGAAGCGCUGCAGCACGAAUGGAUCCAAGAAGACAAGCUGUAUAAAUCCCACACUAGAGACAUGCAGCAGCAGCAGCAGCAGCAGCAGCAACAACAGCAUCAUGGGACAAUGAGGUCCACAGCCGCCUUGAAGCCCAAGCAUCAUUACAACACUCACCACCACCACAAGCAUCAUCAUCACCAUCACACUAAGCAUGAGCAACAGGCUGCUGCAGACGCAGAGAGUAAAGUCAGCUCUUCACAUCAACAUCAAGAGGUGCAGCAGCAACUACAGCAGAAACAGCACAAACAACAGCAGCAGGUGGAGGAUGAGCAUGCUGUCAAAGCAAGUAAACACCACACGCAUAUCAACUCAGACAGUGAAACCAAAGGCAACGAGAGUGUAGACAAAAAAGUUUCAACAAAGAAAAGUGCUAAGACGAGAGAAAUGGCGCAUAAAGAGGCUCAUCAUCAACUCCAAGAAACAGCAGAGAAACCUGUCAAUAAAGUGAAACCCCUGGUGAUGGAUUCAGAGGAAACAAUGGAGAAGACUCCAUCCGUUGCGACGGAGGACUUGAAAGACUCAAUCAAAGACAGUAAAGAGAAAGACCCUGACAAAGUCCACGACUCCAUCCCAACGAAACAGUUCUUACCACCGAUCGUAUAGAAGCCAUUGGGUACUUGGUGUCGUAUCCUAAACUGAAACUGUACAUGUAAACUGAAACUGUGCAUGUGUUGAGGUAGUGUACUGGAACUAAAACGCAAUGAUGUUUCUGCCUUCAAGCGUAUACCAUACAAGGUUGAUGGACUAAGUGAGUAGGAAGAAGCUGCGAAAAAUGUCUGAAUAGUUUGCAGUUUCUUCUUCAUCUAGCAUGUGACUUCCUGCAAAGGGCCUCAUCUACUUCUGUGCCAUUUGAAAAUGAGUCCUGCCAUCGAUCAAAUAGAAGGACACGUUAUUGUACCGGGUACCUGGUGUCCAAUUACGUAUGGGUUACGUUGGUGUAGUGGAACUGAAAUGCAAUGGUGUUUCUGCCUUCAAGUGUAUACCGUACAGGUUUGACGUCCCUGCUGUCUUCAUAUGUGUAUACCAUACAGAAUUAGCGUCCCACCGACGAGAAUAUUUGAGUAACGAUUCCUGCCACCGGUCGAAUAGAAGGACACAAUUUAUACCGGGUACCUGGUGUCGAAUUGUGUUGACCCUGAGCUGACUAGUACGUGUGGCUUAUGGUGGUGUAGUGGAACUGAAAUGCAAUGGUGUUUCUGCCUUCAAGUGUAUACCGUACAGGUUUGACGUCCCUGCUGUCUUCAUGUGUAUAUUACAGAAUUAGUAAUCCUUUAAGUUGGGGCUACCGACCCGAAUCAACUACCACUAGGGGUACGUUGCCCCUACUCCUGGGGCUGAUCAACCAGGGUUACCCCUUCACAGUUCAUAAGGAUGAAGGCAUGGGUAUCAUCUACUAGGAGCCUGGUUGGUAGAGCAGAAUGCACUACUACCAUCCCAAUUGUUCAUUCGUCAAGACUGUCGUUCCAACAUGCAGUUUGUUCUUCCUUUAAGACUGUGUCUGUGACAUGCAAUGUGUCCAUCGGCAUUCACCAAGACAGUCACUUGGACAUGAAGUCUGAUUCCAUAAGGAUGCCAAGCAGAAAAUGUUGCAUGACAAACUUAUCAGCUAAGCAGAUACUGCCAGGGAACCAUUGUCAAACAGUAGAUCACUUGGCAUUGUUACCGGUUGACAUCUUUCUGCUGAGCUAGAUUUGCCAGUGCUCUAAGCAGACAAAUUUGUGUGUAUAGCAGCGCUAAGCAAUACAUUCCUGAACUCUGCUUACCCUGAUGCUUUUGGCUUACUGGAUUAGCUCUGGGUUUCAGCACAUGGAUGGGAAAAAGAUUCUUGAAGCGCAAGAUCAGCACAGCAGCCAUUCCCUGAACACCUGCAAAUUGUAUACUUAAGCAAAACCUCUUUCUGCUUGCCAAGACGGCAAUUAUUGUUGCUAACAGUUGUAAGCAGAACUACAAUGUGUACAUAAGCUGCAACUUGUGUUUUACCAGAAGCAAGCAUUUGCCUUGUAUGCUAAAUUUAUAUAUAUCGCACAUUAUAUAUUUUUAACUGAAUACUAUUUGAAGCAUUUUCCUGUACAUGUUAAUUUUUAACAUCAAAUGUUUGUUUAUAAACCACUCACUUUGUACAAAUUAUUAUAUGUAAAUAUUGAAGAGAUUUAAAAAAAAGAAGAAGUUGUCAAUUUUGUUUUCCAUUGCCAAUUUGUUGACCACCUUGAAGUUGUUUGUGUUUAGUGUUGUUUAUUCAGAAUGUAAAUUCUGUUUAUUUUUUAAUGUUGUUUAUUUGUUGACAAAAAGAGUUGUUGUGCUAGUGAAGUUAGUAAUCAUUCCCACAUCGCUAAACACACAUACUUGUUUAUGGUGCAGACCGAGGACUUCUCUUUGUUCUCCCAUUGUUUGGACAUAGAUUAUUUUUCAGACGUCCCCAUUGGUUUUGUACACA